AUGGUGAGGGGAAAAACAGAGAUGAGAAGGAUAGAAAACGCAACAAGUAGACAAGUAACAUUUUCAAAGAGAAGAAAUGGUUUACUGAAGAAAGCUUUUGAACUUUCUGUACUUUGUGAAGUUGAAGUUGCUCUUCUUGUCUUUUCAUCAAGAGGAAAACUCUUUGAAUUCUCCAGCAGCUCUACCAGUGUACAAAAGAUGAUACAACGCUACCAGAAGUACUAUAAAGAUGGAAAUUACGGCAACAACAACAAAGCAAUAGAACAACAAAAUUCACAGCAAUUGCAAUAUGAGGUUGCAAACCUCGCAAAGAAGAUCGAGAAUCUCGAAGCCUCUAAAAGGAAGCUGAUGGGAGAAGACUUAGAAUCUUGCUCCAUCGACGAAUUGGAGACAGCUGAGAAUCAGUUGGAGAAGAGCCUACUUAAUAUUAGGGAAAAAAUGAAUCAGUUACAAAGGGAAAACAUUAAGCAAGUCGAACAAAAGGUAAAUUGA